CGACUCACGAAUCUAACGAAUAUAUCGGUACGUCGAGUUGUGUCGACGACUGUGUGUCAAGAACAGAACGCGCUGUAUUCUAAAUAAAGCUUGAAAAACUCAAGUUCGGUGUAAAAUAUGUAAAUAAAUCGAAAAUUAAGUUAGUGUUAGUGUGUAUCGAAGAUAUUUUAGACUGCUUUGUGCUUUUUCCAGGAACUAACCAUAAUAUUCUUAAACACCGAAUGUUUCCUAUUGAUGGCGCUAUGGCCGCUAAAACAGGGGAAAAAUAAUCCGCCUUAACCUCAUUUGUGCAUUUGUAAACAACCGUUGAGAAACCACCACAGUUUAAAAGUGUAUUAUUUAACAUAUGUAAACAGUGAAUAUAACUAUUAAAUAACACAGGUUACUUGAUAAUCAUGGAUUCGAUUAAGGUUAUGACAGAAAGACAUCUACAUACUACCUUUUGUUUUUAAUGUUAUUUGUGUUGAUUUGCAACCAUGAAUGUUAAACAAGAACGACAUGAUGAAGCAGAGAUUAGAGAGCUUGCUGCAAAGUUUAUGGAAGCUAAUAAAGCUAAAAUGGCUAUGCCCCAAAGGCCUCCUCAACAAGCACUUCAUGGUAUGAACAUUUUAAGCUUCCUAAGUGGUGACAAAUCUAAGGCGAAAAAUAAUGGCUCUCCAAACGAAGCAGAUACUAAAAAUAUUGAUGAAGAUUCCAUUAAAGGCAGGUUUGGUUGGACAUUGAUGGGUAAAAUACAUAUUCCAUAUAUUCUUAGAUCAGGGGAAAGUUACUGUGCUGUAAGAAUGGUUGAAAUGAAGGUUUUAAAUAAAUUGUUGAAUUAUUUACAUCAGGACCUGUACAAUUGUACAAACAUUCGUAGUUAUUAUAUUACAGAAGCUGAAGCAAGACUUUUAAAUGAAAUUAAUUUAAAACAUUGUGACUAUCAGUUCGGUAGAGAACAGUUUACGUCGCGAGAUUUAAUAGUUAGACUUACGGACGCUAAUGAGUUUUAUCAGUUCUUAGGACAUUGUUAUGCUAAACUUGUGAAUACAACAGAUGCUGAAAACUUAGAGCGUUGUGGAUUUAUACGAAUUAAUAAGGAAUCUGUAGUUCCGUACACUGUUUACAAUGAUCAGAAAUAUGUACCUUUAUUUUAUUUUGAAGGUGAAACAGAUAAUCUCAAGCAGCGUGCUGACAAAUUAGAAGGAUGGGACUUAUCAUACUUGAAGUUUUGUUGUAAAGUUCAAGGAAUACGUAAUGAGCUAUUCGCACAUGAUUCUUGUUCUGUAAUAAGUCUGAAUGAUAUCAAAAAUUAUUUUCCUCCAGGCACAAUGUUUGAAGACUAUUGGCCCAAGAAAAAUUUGGAUUCGCAAUUGUUAAUAAGUAGGAACUCCAACCCACAACAAAUAGUGCAAUGGACUAGGCAACCUAUUGCACCUCCAAUUUCAGCUCAUCCACCACCUUCACCUAAACCUGCUACUCAAGCAAAGGCUGCAAAUAAUAGCCAUUUGCAUAAUGUACAUGUAUAUCCCAAUUAUGGAAUGGCAGCAGGACAAUCUGCUUACCACGCUACUCAACCAAGGGCAGCAAGCAGUGCUGUUCGAGCUACAUAUCCAUCAGCAGCAAACAGGAUGAGGCCUUAUUUUCCCAGUAUGGCUCAAGCCCCUCCACCUUUGAUCAGAGCAACAACUUCAGCUUCGUUGGCACAAUACAACGCCCAGAAUAAGGCAGCUGGGGGUUACAUGAUCAUAGAACCGAGUAUGAAUCAAAAUAAUUAUCAUCAGGCAUCUCAAGGUAGUUAUCCACCGCCGCUGCUACAUAUGAACGGUGCAGUAACUUCGAGGUACGAUGGAACGCAAUCCAGGAGUGGCAUGGAUCAGAAUGAACAUUUCAACACUCCUAGCACAUCUUCAGGAGUGGGUGAAAAUGGGCUUCAUCAAAGGUGCUCUCCGAAUUAUCAAGACAAAGACGGUACUUCAAAUGGCGAAUACUAUCAGGAUCUGCAGAACAACUACGCUGUGAAUAAUACUACAGCACAGAUGGUAAAUCAACAACCCGCUCACCAGCCCACUAGAACACAGUCUAGCACAGUUCCAGAAGAACGGAAUAGUAUAACUAAUGGCCGGUCCAUGCUGUGUAUUAAUAGAAAUAAUAAUAAACUAAUACCUUUAUCGGACACUUCUCCAACCAGUAGUAGUAAUACCAUUCCAUAUAAGAUGCAGAAGGCACUAGUGGAAGGAAAAAUGAUUCCCUGCAUCAAUAUGAAACCAAAUGUGUGGAAAGAUAUGUUAGUGACGUUGCCAGAUUUAGUAACAAACUUCUUCAAUAAUGUACCAGUGCACUCGUGUCAGCAGGUCAUGCAAGUACUAGGAAUAGAAGUGUACAAAGCUAAUGCAUCACAGACAAGGCUUUUGAUGGAAAAUGGCAGGUGUUCGAAUGCGAGUGAAACAGUACCAUUAGUGCAAGUUAGGAAUGUUAUUGACUUCAUGCCCCAGCUAAAAUAUAUGUUGAGUGGUCUGAUAUCUUCGGAUGCAGCGGCAAAAAGACAGAGGAAUAGCUAGGAGUGGGUGUCUUGGGGCGGGACCUACGAUAACAUAGACUUUUUCAAUUAUUAGUGAAGUGAAAACGAUCCUUAUUUAAUAAUCGUGUUGUUUUGUAUUAACUUGUUCCUACAGUGUAAUAUAUCCAUAAAUACCGAACUCUCAUUAAUCGUGAAACAUGUGAAAUAAGGUAGUUUAUGAAGUAAUGUUAUUUUUUUACAUUUUGAUUUGUACAUUUCAUUCAAUAUGUGUGGAUUUAUUUCAGACAUUUCAAACAGACAUUUUAAAUUGUUAUCACCGAUGCCACCAAAUACAUACCAUGUUACGAUUUGAGAAAACCAUUUCAAAUAAUAUAAUUCCUCUUUUCUGAUUUUACGUUUUUCUGAUACAUUAUAAUAGUUAAAACAUUGGAAAAUGAGGCCAAAAAAAGACACUAACAACGAUUAUUCUACUGCUUAAUUUUUUUUCACUAGCAGUUUAUAUUUUUUUAUAAUUUCUUGGUUAAAAUUAGGAACCUUUCCAACAUCAUUUUAGUAAAACUUGAUUUAUCACAUAUUUAACUGAAAAAAAAAAAACAAUUAAAACUUAAUUAAAUGUAGAGAAAGAGAUUCGAUGGGUAUUUUUGGCUAGGAUGAGGGACAUUUUUUAUUUAGGAAGUUUUUGUUGGAGUUAGCCCUGAUAUAGGAGUUACUCCUCUGCAGGGUUAAUUAAAGGGGAUAACAAGUCGAGUGUACAAUAUAACAUACUAUCCUUCAUCGUUGAUAAAACUAGAACCACCCUGGUACUAUCAAAUAUAUUUGAAAUAAUAGUGUUGGCAUUUGAAUUCUAUUAUUUAUUACAAGAUCCCAUCAUCAUCCAACAUCAAAUUUUCCAAAUAAAAUAAGAAUAAUACACCAAAACUGCUAUCAGGAUUUGUAUACUGAACUGGUGAAUCUAAUCGAACAUUCUCAGGAAAAAUAUGGGAACAUUAUAUUUUUUAAUCAGAUAAAGUAGUAUUUACAAGUCAGCCAUGUGAAAUUAUUUCUGUGCUUUAUCAAAAGUAUAUUUUUGUAACUCGCGAUUGAAAUAGAUUUUGGUGAAAUGACACAAGGGAUUUUAUAAUCGUUGUCGGCAGAUGUAUCCAUAUUUGCUUGAACUAAAAAUAAUUGAAAUUAUUCCCAAAUUAAAAAAGCGAUUGGUAUUCGGUUGUUGAUCCUUUAACAAUUUUAAUUCAAAUAGUAUGUAUAGCACAAAACUGCAUCCAAGGUCAUUGCUACCUGUGAUUUGCAACAUUUUGCAAUUAUUAAUUGUUCUUCAAUACAUUUCAAUUUUUGCAUGCCAAGUAUAAUUUAUAAACAAUAUGCCAUUAUACAAAUAACAUCUUUUUUGUAAACAUAUAGAAAAAUAUUUAUUUUAUUUAAUAAUUUUCCACUUUCACUUAUAAACUAAUAGAUAUUUGAAAUAAAUACAUGUUAUUUAUUGAGAGUAUUCACAUUUUUCAACAUAUGUAUUUUUAGUUUUACUGGAAUUUAAUUGUAUGCAGUGAUAUCUGUAUUGAUUAUAAUUUUUCUAAAUGUAUAUUCUACUACGACCACUGGAACUACGGCCCUCAAAGAGCCUUGGCCUCGUCCACCACUUUCCUCCAGUCAUCACAGUUCCACGAUCGGUGUCUCCACUCCUCACACUUAGCUCCCUCUUCAACAUCAUCCAGCCAUCGUUUGCGCGGUCUUCCAGGCAGUCGCUAGCCCUAGGCAUUCUGCUGGUACGUUUUGCACAUCCCCUGCUCCUCAGGCAUCCGCUCUAAGUGGUCUAGCCAUCUAACUCUGGCCCACUUGAUUUCUGUCACCAAGCUGAGGUCUUCAUAGAGCCGGUAGAGUUCGGUUUUUGUACGGCUGCACCACACGCUCUGCUCGCACACUGGUCCAUAUAUUCAGCUUAAGAUAUUUCGCUCCCACCUGUUGAGCAGCAGCUCCUCGGACAGAAUUGUGCGAUAGAUCCGCUUUUUCGUUCUUCAAUUCAGUAAACGUGACUUUAGCAGUCGUUGGAGACUGAAAUAUGCUCUAACUCCCGCUUCCACACGUUCUCUUAUUUCCAUCGAGUUGUCAUUAUUUUCAGUCCCAGGUACAUUUUCGAACUUAUACUGGCCUACUUCGAAAGCCCCCGAGGGAGCUCUUCUGUUACUUCCUGCAGCUGCUCAAAACUUUUCAUCAGUUCACGCUCUAUUCGGCUGAGUAGAUCAAUGUUUUCAGUGUAGGCCAGGUACUGCACUUGUUCUGUUAAGCAGAGUUUCUGAUAACUCGUUUCAGUGUCAGGUUGAAGAGGGUACACGAGAGGGCGUCUCCUUGCUUGAGAUCUUGUCCUAUUUGGAAAUGUAUAUUUAGUCAUUGAUGAUUUCAUUGUAUUUUGAUAUAUUUAUCAAUUUACGUACCAUUAUAUAAAAUUUCAAAUUGUCAUAAUAAUAUAGGUUCAUUUGUGUUAAUUCCUCUUUAUGUUACCGAGAACUAGGUAAAUCAAUAACAUGGAUUAUUUUCAUGGUAUGUUCCAGUGUGGUAUUUUUUAAUGUUUCAACUAAUUUAAAAUGUCUGUAUUGUGUACUUCUCUGUUAUUAGAUUAUUUAUUUUCAAAUAAAAUAUAAGGUAAUAGCUAGUUAUAUGAAUGUGAAAUGUCCAGGGUAGGGGAUUAACAUAGAUAUCCUAUUAUACAUAACUAGAUAUCUAAAUAUAGAUCUUUCUUCUUGAGUUUCAUUUAUUAAGGUGCAUUUUUAAGUCGAUUUCGUUGUCAGAUCUGAUGCAUUUUCUGAAAUGUUGUGGUUGUUUGACAAACGGACCAGGCAAUCAUUAAACUAUCAAUUAUAUUUAAUAACAAGUCGUACAAGAAAUAAACAAAAGUCUACCAGCACUCAUUUUAUUUUUAUGAGAAAAUGUCUAAAGUGGACAUGUUUAAUCAAUAUUUUUAUUUUGAAUGACGAAUGAGAUGAAAAUUUCAUCUGUUUAUUUAUACAUUUAUCACCGAAACAAUAAAAUGUUUAUUAGUUGUUUAUUGUUUUUUUAGUUUUCAAGUAAUGUGAAUGAAAAUGAUUCUAAAUUACUACAAAUCAACAUAUUUGCAUUUUUUAUAAAACAAGCGUUAAUAUUCUUUGAAGUUUAUUGUCAAUCUACAGAAUUUACUAAAAUCUGUUAAUGUUCAUAUUAAUACAUCCAGUGCACUAAAACACUGAUCCUUUCGUUAUCACUUUUGUAUGAUGAGUGAAUGAGAUAUAUGCCUUUGACAGAAGACAAACCAAAAAAAAUAA